AUGGCUCUCUGUGCAUUCUCGUUCCCGGGUCAGCUGAACCGUUCGACUGCUGCAGAGUGCCAAAGGGGCAGUGGCUCCAUUUCUUCGGUCUUUCUGUGGGGUACAGAUGUGAUGGGCCAGACCCAGCAGAAGCUCAGUCAGAUGAGGAAAAGGCCGUGUGGGGUUUAUGCCUCGCUCUCGGAGAGGGGAGAAUACUAUGCUAAGAGACCUCCAACUCCUCUCUUGGACACCAUUAACUACCCAAUCCACAUGAAGAACCUCUCCAUAAAGGAACUGAAACAACUUGCCGACGAGGUUCGCUCAGAUGUUAUCUUUAAUGUCUCAAAGACGGGCGGCCACUUGGGCUCGAGCCUCGGCGUGGUCGAGCUGACUGUGGCUCUUCACUAUGUCUUCAAUGCUCCUCAGGACCGAAUUCUCUGGGAUGUUGGUCAUCAGUCUUAUCCCCAUAAAAUCCUCACUGGCAGAAGAGAGAAGAUGCAUACCAUGAGGCAGACAAACGGGCUGGCAGGGUUCACAAAGCGGUCUGAGAGCGAGUAUGACUGCUUUGGGACUGGUCAUAGUUCUACGACCAUAUCAGCUGGUUUGGGAAUGGCAGUGGGAAGGGACCUAAAGGGAAAGAAUAACAAUGUGAUUGCAGUCAUAGGUGAUGGUGCCAUGACUGCAGGGCAAGCUUACGAGGCGAUGAACAAUGCAGGUUACUUGGACUCUGACAUGAUUGUGAUUCUCAACGACAACAAACAGGUUUCUCUUCCCACCGCCACUCUCGAUGGGCCAAUUCCUCCUGUUGGAGCCCUAAGCAGCGCUCUUAGUAGAUUACAGUCAAACCGGCCUCUCAGGGAACUCAGAGAAGUUGCCAAGGGAGUUACCAAACAAAUUGGUGGAUCAAUGCACAAGUUGGCUGCUAAAGUUGAUGAAUACGCUCGUGGCAUGAUCAGUGGCUCUGGGUCGACCCUCUUUGAAGAGCUUGGACUAUAUUAUAUCGGUCCUGUUGAUGGCCACAACAUAGAUGACCUAGUGGCAAUCCUGAAAGAGGUCAAGAGCACCAAAACAACAGGUCCCGUUCUCAUCCAUGUUGUCACUGAGAAAGGUCGGGGCUACCCUUAUGCCGAGAAGGCUGCUGAUAAGUACCAUGGUGUAGCAAAAUUUGAUCCUGCAACGGGAAAGCAAUUCAAGUCCAGUGUGACCACCCAAUCCUACACGACGUACUUUGCUGAGGCUCUGAUUGCCGAGGCAGAGGCAGACAAAGAUAUCGUCGGAAUACAUGCCGCAAUGGGAGGCGGAACUGGAAUGAAUCUCUUCCUCCGGCGGUUCCCUGAAAGAUGCUUUGACGUUGGGAUCGCGGAACAGCAUGCUGUGACUUUCGCUGCUGGUCUUGCCUGUGAGGGCCUUAGGCCCUUUUGCGCUAUCUACUCGUCCUUCAUGCAGAGAGCCUAUGAUCAGGUAGUUCACGAUGUGGACUUGCAAAAGUUGCCGGUGAGAUUUGCAAUGGACCGAGCAGGACUGGUGGGGGCAGAUGGGCCAACACACUGUGGAGCCUUUGACGUCACUUUCAUGGCGUGCCUUCCGAAUAUGGUGGUGAUGGCUCCUUCAGAUGAGGCAGAGCUCUUCCACAUGGUGGCCACAGCUGCUGCCAUUGAUGAUCGCCCAAGCUGUUUCCGGUACCCAAGAGGAAAUGGAGUAGGCGUUGAACUGCCACCGGGAAACAAAGGCACUCCCCUUGAGAUCGGGAAGGGAAGAAUACUGAUGGAAGGGGAAAGAGUGGCUCUUCUUGGCUAUGGAAGUGCGGUUCAGAGCUGUUUGGCCGCAGCCUCAUUGUUAGAGCCGCAUGGUUUGAAGAUCACGGUCGCAGAUGCUCGCUUCUGCAAACCUUUGGACCAUGCCCUCAUAAGGAGCCUUGUUAAAUCUCACGAAGUGUUAAUCACGGUCGAAGAAGGUUCGAUAGGAGGGUUUGGGUCGCAUGUCGCCCAGUUCAUGGCACUCAAUGGUCUUCUCGAUGGCCAAGUCAAGUGGAGGCCACUUGUUCUUCCCGACCGGUACAUAGACCACGGCUCACCGGCAGACCAGUUGGCCGAAGCCGGCCUAACUCCGGCUCACAUUGCAGCAACAGUAUUCAACAUACUAGGAAAAGUGAGAGAGGCCCUCGCAAUCAUGUCAUAGAGAGACGGUUCCAAAUGUUCAUCCAGCCUGUUUGCUUCACUUUCUCCAUCCUUAUCCUCAGUCCUCUUGUACAAAUACAACGGUGUAAACUAGCGAUGUGCUUCAAAAGUGUGGCCAAUAUACAGAGAAGUAGCUUCAGUUAGCAUUGUUCGGUUUAAUAACUGUCUUCAUUCGUGUUGGAAAUCAUCAACUUGGCUGUCCACUUUUCCAAA